AACACACACGGAGCGCGUGCCGCCGAUAAAUAAAACACGCGGCCUACGGAAGAAUAGUCGCGUAUGCACAGCCGUCGAGCUUGGCAUAACCCGCGUAAAAAAAUUUUUUUUUUUUCUUUUUCUAUCGAUACACACAUGUUCGCCGAUUUUUGGCUCUCGAAUGUCGCGCCGCUUAUCAAGCAAUGAGGGGUAGCAGGGAAAGCAGCGAGUUUUGCUUUUUCUUUUCGCUUCUCGUUUGAGUGUUUUCGUCGGCGGCGAGGAUGUCCGGGAAGAAAAGCGCGAACGAGAAGCUGUCAGAGAUCGACUCGCACGUCACCAAGCACUACGACAUAAUUCGCCGACUUGGCAAGGGGGCAUAUGGCAUCGUGUGGAAAGCAGUCGACAAGAGGACGAAGGAGACGUUGGCCGUGAAGAAAAUUUUCGACGCCUUCAGGAAUCAAACGGACGCCCAGAGGACGUUCCGCGAAAUCGUGUUCCUCCUGUCGUUCGCCGAUCACGAGAACAUCAUCCAGCUGAUCGGUCUGCACAAGGCCAACAACGAUCGCGACAUCUACCUCGUUUUCGAGUACAUGGAGACGGACCUUCACAACGUGAUAAAACGCGGCACGAUCCUGAAGGACAUCCACAAAGUCUUCAUCAUGUACCAGCUUCUAAAAGCCAUAAAGUACAUUCACUCGGGGAACGUGAUCCACCGGGAUCUCAAGCCAUCGAACAUCCUGCUGAACGCCCAGUGCCACUGCAAGAUCGCGGACUUUGGUCUGGCGCGCUCGGUGAGCCAGUUGGGCGAGGGCGACGGCGAGGACGGAAGCGACCCUACCUUGACGGAUUACGUCGCGACGCGCUGGUACAGGGCACCGGAAAUAUUGAUUGCCUCGAGGAGGUACACCAAAGGAAUAGACAUGUGGUCGCUGGGCUGCAUCCUUGGCGAGAUGCUCCUCGGUAAGCCCUUGUUUCCCGGUUCCUCGACGAUCAAUCAGGUGGAAAGGAUCAUGGCCACCUUACCGCCGCCCACCGAUGAAGAUCUGGCCUCGGUGAGCGCGGGCUACGGAACGAGCCUACUGGAAAAAGCACCCACGAGUCCGCACAGAUCGUUGGAGGAGCUUUUGCCGAACGUUUCCCACGAAGCUCUGGAUCUAAUAAACAAUUUGAUAGUUUUCAAUCCAAAUUACCGUCUCACCGCAGUCGAAGCUCUCGAGCAUCCAUACGUAGCCAGUUUCCACGCCCGAGGAAACGAGCCGGCGAGAGGCUCGAGCGUCGUUCCAUUUUUACGAGACGACGUCCAACUGUCGGUGGACGAGUACCGGAGCAAGCUCUACUCCAUGAUGGACGAGAAGCACCGCAAGCAGCACAAAACCACCUCCAGCAAGUCCCGGCCGAGGCGUCUGUCGGAGCAUGUGAGAAAGGAGCCAUCAGCGACGGCAAACGCGUCGGCUGACUGCGCGGUGCCGCCGAGGAAAAGCUUCCAUCUGUCCUGCGACGAUCUACGCAGGGAAAAAAGUAAGAGCGAUACCUACAAAGCCUUGUUCCUCGAAGGGGAGAGCCGACAGUCCUUGGCUGGUAAGAAGCCCAGCAUCAAUGGAAAGCUUGCAAGCACGACGACGAGCGACAAGAUCUCUCGGCAGGAUGCGAAAUACUCGUCGGCUCCUACAAUCAAACCGCCGAGUAAAAACAUGGCGCUGCAGUACGCGUACAGAUUAAUGAACGGAAAUUUACGGAACUUCGGUACGACGAGCCAAGCAAAAAGCUGCAUGUAUCUGAACCAGCCACAGCAGCAGCAGCAGCAGCAGCAGAUGUCGAGGUCGCAGCGCUCGAUACAAUCGGACCAGGUAACUCUCUCUCGUGCAGCCGUUCAGCGUGAAAUUUCCAAGAAACAUCAUUUACAAUACAAUCGAGCGACCGUCGGCUACGGCUCGAAUUCUCAGCAGGUAAAACUACGCCGAGCUUGCGGCGGCAUUGGAAGCACAAUCGGCAGAUCGACGAUUACACAAAGCCAGCAGUGUCGCCCGGUCACGAGUUUCUGUGGCCAGCCGCAGACGAGGCUCGAAAAGCGCACGAGUCAGGAUUCGCCGCCGGUUUUGCGCUCCAACAAGUACAUUACGAGGUUGCCGCAGGAAGUCCGUAGGCACAUGGUACCACCCGAGGCCGGGGACCAUCACAGCCGUACGAUCCGCGACUACCUGAACCAUCAGCGCCAUCAGCCUCAAAGCCGUUACAAGUCGGCCGACUCUAGUCUCCUGCGAAGCUCUCAACAUUCGUUGAACAACAACAUCAUCAACAGCAAACUGAGCAGCGGGAAAAACGUCGGCUACUACGCCCAGAGCCACGGCGUCAUUACCGCCUCGAUGUACAGGGAACUGAGAAGCGGCAGCAUCGGCUAAUGCGACAGCCGCAUUGUGUGUGUGUGUAUGUGUGUACAGAGAGAGACUCGUUUCUUCUAAUCAAGCCGACGUCGUUAUAUAAAGCGAAGCUCGGUCGCAAAGGGAACAAAAUUUUUUAUCGAAUUAGACUGACCGCGAGCGCGUCACGUACAAACACGUACCACCUCGAUUAUCAAUUUAAGCUCGCGUUGGAAAAUUGUUCACCUACUGCGAACGCGUUAUAUGUGUAGAGCGAGUGUAUUGUGCUCUUUAUCUCUGAUGGUCCGAAAUUCACUGGCUGCCGAGGGCGCUUAAUUAAAUCCUUUCUCGGGCGGCGAGGGAAUUUUCCUCAACAGCCGAGGGAGAGAGAAAGACGGCGUAGGUUUCGUUUGUAGAAAAAUAUCAAUAAUGCCUGUUGAAGGUGAUUCUCUUGUUUUUUAUUGAUUUAUUAUACAAAUUUAAAAUAUCGGUUUUGGAUAUUCACUCAGCGCUGUCUGUUAUGUACGAAAAUUGUAUUUAUUACGGAUAUCAAGUCGCGGCAUUUGAUGUGAUUCCCGACCAGCGCAGAGAUACACGAAAAUAUACGUAAAUCGGAUUUUGUUUGGUUAAAGUAAUAAUAUGCGGGUAAAUCGGGAGUGCGAUUCGGAGAAGCAUAUUUUAUAUCGAAUUAUAAUUUCGUUGUUUAAUAUGGACGGCUUGAUUAUCAGUAUUUUUACCGCUGGAACGUGCAUUCUAGUCUUCUUUAGAGUAUUAUUAAUGUAACAAUAGCCAUAUUAGUCUUUCUAAACAUAGAUAAUCGUAAUUUCGAGGAACAAGUUCGAUCGAGUAAUUCAAGUCGCUAUGGCCAAAAGUGCUUAAAAUUAUACAUCGAUACAUCAGUAUUGUAGAAAAUAGAUUUUUUAUCACGUGUAAAUGUCAGUAUUCAUCGAGGUUUUCACUACUCCAUGUGCCCUCCUACAAAUAAGCGAAAUAAUUUUAUAAAAACAUUUCUCAUUCGCAGUAAAAUUGUAAAUGUAAUUAUACCCACAUCGAGGUAGCAACAAGUUUUCUAAAAAAAGUCUCGAAUACUUUGAAACCGAGAACACAAUUAUGUUGAUUGCUCAACAGAGCGAAAAAUGAGCAUAAUAAAAACGAACUCGAAUAAUGCGCUGUUUAUCGUAUAUAAUGGAAGCUCGUGCGCUUGCAAGCACAGCGCGCAAUACGUUUUAUUGAAAUUAAGCAUCGUCAUAGCCAUCCUUUUGUGUGAUGCGUGGAAUUUAGAAAUAAAAUGUGUACAUUAAAUCCA